UAGUGAUGAGAUCACAGAGAACUUUAAUCUCUCUUCUGACCCAAACACUGCCACCCUUAUCAGUGCCACCAUCAAAGCCCUCCCCAUAAAAGAAAAGAAACCCCUGCUCUUUCCCCUACGACCCACCUCUUUCUCUCUAUCUAUCUAUCUGGAAAGUAUGAAAUUGUGUCUUUCUCUUUAGUUGCUAUCUGGGUUUUCUUUGGUUCAUUGAAAUUGUACCCCACCCUUUAUUUACUCCUGUUGUUAAUUUGGUUUCACUGCAAAACUAGUACAUUAAAAGCCUCAAUCACCAAAAGCUGAAAAAGGAGAGAUGGGUUAGUCUGCGAAUGAAAUGAGAGGUGUUGUAGGCUUCUGGGUUUCUGAAAUUUUCAGUUUUAUAGGUUUUGGUGUUUGGGGAUGAUAGAGAUGGAAAUACUGAAUGGCAGAGACUCUUGGGAGAGGCAGUAUCAGGUUUCAGAAUUGUGCAGUACUACCACCAUUAAAAAAGCUGGAACAACAAAAGCAGAAAAAGCUUAAGAGCUUGAGUCUGGAUCCUCAAAGGAAUUGUGAAUAUCAAAAUCCUGUCUUCUUCAAUUCAAGAAAUGUAGAAGAAGAAGAACAGGGUUUUCGUGUCUAUCAACAACAAGAAGAUCAAAUUUUCUUUGCAGGAUUAGACCAAGCUCUGCAACAAAGUCCCAAGAAGCGAAAUUACUUCUCAUCUUCUUCAAUUUUUUCUUUCGAGCAAGGUAGCAUCGAAUAUGCGACAAAAAUGGAGACCCAUCACCGCCCGCGCCACCAACAACCAGCUGCGACGUCAAGAUUGGGGAUGAGGAACGGAGGCGGCGAGAUCGUGAAGGUCCAGGGAGGUCACAUUGUUCGCUCCACGGGAAGAAAAGACCGUCACAGCAAGGUUUGUACCGCGAAAGGACCCAGAGACCGCCGUGUGCGGCUCUCGGCGCACACUGCCAUCCAAUUCUACGAUGUGCAGGACCGCCUGGGUUACGACCGACCCAGUAAGGCCGUCGAUUGGUUGAUUAAUAAGGCCAAGGCAGCCAUUAACGAGCUCGCCGAGCUCCCGGCAUGGAAACCGAGUUCUGCAUCGACGACGACCACCACCAACACCGCUGCAACGUUGGCCAGAGCAAGUACUAAUCAACAACAGCGAGACCCAACUUGCGAUGAAUUAGAUUUUGAGUUUCCAAUCGAAGAAAUUGGUAUUUGCUCGACUCGUAAUGGUGGUGGUGUACGGACUAUUCAGGUGAACGAGAAUUCGAGUUUCCUUCCACCAUCGUUGGACUCGGAUUCUAUUGCUUACACAAUCAAAUCCUUCUUUCCUUUGGAUGCAUCGGCAGAGACAACAUCGUCUCCGAUACAGCUUCAGAGUUACCCUCCGGAUUUGCUUUCUAGAACCAGCAGCCACAGCCAAGACUUACGGCUUUCGCUUCAGUCGUUUCGGGAGCCAAUGCUUUUACAAACCCAGCAAGAACAAUAUAAGAAUAAUCAGAACGAAGAGCAAUUAUUGUUCUCCGGAACGAACCAUCAUGAGAAUCAUCACCAUCAGCAUCAUUUGGGAUUUGAUGGGUAUUCUGCAGGAUGGGCAGAGCACCAUCAGAACCAUUCAGCAGAUAUUGACAGGUUCCAGAGAAUGGUGGCUUGGAAUGCUAGUGGUGCAGAUACUGGGAGUGUUGACGGUGGUGUGGGAUUUCUCUACAACCCAGCAGCACCACCUACGGUAGCUCCACAACUUCCGUUGCUCGGACAAAACCAGUUUUUUUCUCAGAGGGGACCCCUUCAGUCCAGUUACACGCCUUUGAUUCGUGCUUGGAUAGACCCGGUGAUUACUGACAAUCAUGAAUUCACACCAACAAUUCAUCACCAAUAUGCCUUUUCUGGCUUUGGUGGAUCCUUCUCCGGGUACCACAUUCCGGCACAAAUUCAGGGCGAAGAGGAACACGACGACAUAGCCAACAUGCCGUCCUCUGCUUCCUCUGAAUCUCACCAUUGAUUAGGACUAAUUUCCAAAAUCUUUAACCUCUAACAGCCUUCUUUGAGGAACCUAUAAAUGUCCAUGAGCGAAUUGAUUCAAAUCGAGCUGUGGGGAUCCAUUGAAGACUAGUUUGAAGCAUUGGAGGGAAGAUUUUGGGCAGUUCAAUCAGUGGCAAUUACCGUGGAAGGAGAAAUCUGAUUGGAUUUUCAGGUUAUUCGAUCCUCGGAUAUUUUGCUUCUUUCAGUUAAUCAUGUUCUAGCUUUGUUUCUGCAUUUGAGCGGACUAGUGGAGCUCAACUUUGUUUGAUUUCUGCGUUUAUUUUGCCAACACUUGUUUGUGUUUCAUGGAUGCUUGUUUAUGUUCCAUUUGUACUUUCUAAUUUGACGCACAAGUUGUUUGUGUUUAUGUA